AACCCUUUUCCCCAACUCUCUCUUUGUUUCCCCCGUCUCGCCCACUAUUCUUGUUCUUUUCAAGGAUUUCCCAUGGAAGACGACGAUGAGUUCGGAGAUCUUUACUCCGACGUUCUCAAGCCUUUCACUUCCGCUGGUCUGCCACCGUCUCAGCCUUCGACAGCCCCCCAACUCCACCGUCCGGUUGAUUCCAAUCUUCAAUCCCGAUACGGCGACGAUAACCUCCUCGGAGCCCCGCGUCCAAUCCCCGAUGCUCAAACCCUAGCGACCUUUAAUUUCCAUCCUCCCGUUGCUGUUGCUGCAGAAAUUCUGGGUUCGAUCCCUAAUCGAGACGAUUCACCUCCCAAGCCGAUGUUUUUGGAUUCUAAACGAGAACCUGCUGAUGGGAAUGAUGUUAUUUUCGAUAUUGAAGAGGGGAGUAGUAAAGCAAUUGAGUGUUCGGGCUCGGAUGACCCGAUAAUUCCGGGUUUAACCGAAUGGGUUCCCCAGGGAGAUUCUGGGAGGUAUGAUGACGAUACCGAUAACGGAAUUAUAGGCGGCGGCGGCGGCCAAGUGGAAGCUGGAGGAGUAGGAGGAAAAGGAGAAGGGGAUGAUUGGGAUAGUGACAGUGAAGAUGAUCUACAGAUAGUGUUGGACGACAACAACCACGGCCCGAUGGCUAUGGAAAAAGGAGGAAUGAUGGGGGAAGAUGAUGAAGAUGGGGACCCUCUUGUGAUAGUGGCUGAUGGAGAUGCUAACCAAGGGAUGGAGGAACAGGAUUGGGGUGAAGGAGGAGGGCAGGCGGCGGAUGGUGAAGGGAAAGAAGGGGGUGAAGUAGGGAAGUUAGGCUCUGCUGGCAGCGGAGGAGGGAGCGUGGUUGUGCCGAAAAUUGGGAACAGCAGUCAUGGGUUUCAUCCGUUGCAUUCUCAGUUUAAGUAUGUAAGACCUGGUGCAGCACCAAUGCCUGGAGUUACUGCAGGUGGUCCCGGAGGUGCACCAGCUCAGGUUCGUCCAGUAAUGGGUACUAUGGUUUCUCGGGGUAGAGGUGAUUGGAGACCACCUGGACUGAAAGCUGGGCCUUCCAUGCAAAAAGGUUUCCAUCCUAGUUUUGGAAUGCCUGGUUGGGGUAACAAUAUGGGACGGGGUAUUGGUGGUGGAUUGGAUUUCACGCUUCCUUCUCACAAGACUAUAUUCGAAGUGGACAUUGAUAGUUUUGAGGAAAAGCCAUGGAAAUAUCCCGGUGUUGAUCUUUCAGACUUCUUCAAUUUUGGUCUGAAUGAGGAGAGCUGGAAAGAUUAUUGCAAACAACUGGAACAACGUCGCUUGGAGACAACCAUGCAAAGCAAAAUUCGUGUUUAUGAAAGUGGACGAACAGAGCAGGACUAUGAUCCAGAUUUGCCUCCAGAAUUGGCAGCAGCAACCGGGCAAGAGAUUCCUGCCGAUGCUGCUAAUUUUGCAAAGUCAAAUGGUGGGCAAAAUGAUUUGACAAAAGGAACUGCCCUCAUGCGACCACCUCUACCAACUGGGAGAGCAAUACAAGUUGAGGGAGGUUCUGGGGAACGUCUCCCCUCCAUUGAUACUCGACCGCCUCGUAUCCGUGAUUCAGAUGCAGUUAUUGAGAUUGUUUGUCAGGAUACUCUAGACGAUGAUUCCUCCACAGGUAUUGCUGUUAAAGACCGAACAGAAAAUGAUCUGCCAGGGAAGGAUCUUAAAGAUCUUGCAACUGAAACUGAUAUUGCACAUGAAGAUACUAAAUAUGUUGAUGGUUUUACAAAUGCUUUUAGUAGUCGAAUGAAGGAGGUAGUUGAAAGGACAAUGAGUUCUGUUCGGACUAAUGUGAAUGAAGAUGAUGGGAUUUUGCCCUUCUCUGCAGAAGCAUCGCGUCCUUAUGGUCCUGGAUCUAGGAGUCAGAGUCCUAUGUAUCAUAAUGGGGACUUUGGCAGCCCUCGUGAUGAGAGGCAUAGAAAGGGAAGUGCACAUGAAAGGUCACCUCGCAUGACACCUAUUCGAGGUAAACGAGAUAAAUUCACUGAUUCCCAAUCUCAUGAGGAAGAAUCUGUUGAAAGCAUGGAUCACAAAUCUCCUCUCCUGGUUAGAGAGAUCAGGGAAGUAAGUGUGGAGCUCAAGGGUGAUGUUGAUGAUAAGCCUGAGUUGGCUGACAGAAGCCAUGUUAUAGAAAAGGAUGUGCUGAUAAAUGACACCCAUAAUGAUGAGAGCUCGCUUAACGAAAAACUAAGUUCUCAAGUAGAGCAACAGAAGCUUCAAGAAUCUGAAGGUUGUGAGGAUUCUAUGGCUGCAAGAAUUAGUGAAAACAGUGAAGCAAGAUCUGGCAGCAGCAGAGAUUACCAGAAGUGGCGAGACAGUGCUGAUGAUGAAGUUGUUCAAGGUGGACGUUCUUCUCGAAUUCCAAUUGUCAAGAAGCAUCUUGAUGAGCAUGGUCAGAAUUUAGGGUGGAAAGAUCGUGGUGCAAGGCGUGAGAUUGAAAGAAGCCAAAUUGUAGGUAAACCAAGGGAAGGUUCUUAUUCUCUUAGAGACUUCGAUGCUGGCUCAUCACAUAAAUUGCACAUCAAAAUGGAGGGUUUUGAUCGGAGAAGGGAGAGUGAUAAUCUUGGUGUUGCAUGGCAACAGAGAGAAGAUGAUUUUUAUAACAGAAAAAGAACUGGGGACUUCAGGAAGAGAGAGCGUGAUGAGGAAAUUGGUUCUAGGAACAGGGCUAAGGUUCGUGAAAGUGAGAGGAGUGACAAUGAUUAUCCAUCUUCUAGAAAACAGUUGGAUAAUGGCAUUUAUAAAGUUCAUCAUGAUAAGGAUGUCAGCACUAGACAUACAGAAAGAAAUGAUAAUUUGAAGAGUAGAUAUGAAACAACAGAAGAUUACCACAACAAAAGGAGGAAAGAUGAGGAGUAUCUGAGGAGGGAUAAUACAGACAAAGAGGUGAUCUUGCAUGGCAACAGAGAAUCCAGCAGCAGUCACAGAAAGCGAGAAAGAGAUGAAUUUAUAGACCCGCAUAAGAGAGCCGAGCAACAAAGAACUAGAGAGAACUUUGAUCAUCAAUCUGUUCGGGACAAAGAUGAGGUUUGGUUUCAUAGAGAGGGGGUUGAGAAGCAGCGGGAGAGAGAUGAAAGGCAUAGGGCAAAGCAAUCCCAUGACGAAAGUUUAUCAAAACGGGAGAGAGAAGAAGGACGAGGCACUGCAAGGAGUGGACGUGGUUCAGAAGACAAAGCAUGGGUUGGCCGCUCCAGGACAAUGGAUGAACUUAAAGUUUCAGAAAAGGAAUAUCAACUCAAAAAGACAGUUCGCCACAGUGAACAGGUGAAAAGAAGGGAUCGGAAUGAUGAUGAAAGUUUCUCACGUCGCAGAGGGCGUGAAGAUUCGUAUGCACUGGGACGCCAAUUUAGCAAUGAUGAUAGAAAAUCCAGGCAGGAAAGAACAAGCACCUGGAGUGAGCAUGCUGUCAAUGCUCCAGAUAACCAAAGGGGGCAUGAGAAGAAACAUAAAGAGAACAAUAGGAAGAAUGGAGAAUCUGAAGGUGGAGAUCCAGUCAGUUUGGGUUCUGCCAAGAGAAAUCAAGAUAAUUUAAGUGGUCACUACAAUGAAAUGGGCUCGAAAAGUCAUGAGAAGAAUGAGGAUCCAGUUCAUUAUAACUCUUCCAGAAAACGUAGAGAAGAUGCUUCUUCGGGCGAUGAAUUGAAAGAGUCGACACGGGGGCGCUCCAAAUUGGAACGUUGGACGAGCCAUAAGGAGAGGGAUUACAGUAUCAACAGCAAGUCAUCAUCUUCCUCAAAGUUCAAGGAGAUCGAGAAGAGCAAUAAUGUCGAAGCUUCAGAAUCUAACAAAACUCUAGAAGAGCCAGGUACUCCAGUUGAGCCUGCUGAGAACCACCACCCUUUGUCCGACGAGCCAGAGACCAAGGAUGCUGAUCCAAGGCCAUCAGAGGAUCGGCAUCUCGACACCGUCGAGAAGCUGAAGAAGCGAAGCGAGAGGUUCAAACUUCCGAUUCCAAAGGAAAACGAUGCUGUGGCAAUAAAGAAGAUGGAGAACGAGGCACCGCCUUCGUCCAAGAACAAAACUCCUGCAGAUUCCGAGAUUAAACCAGAGAGACCAGCCCGAAAACGAAGGUGGAUCAGCAAGUAAUACGAAUAAACCCUCGUUUUUGCUGUGUGACAAGUUAAAUUAUCGGACCCCAAAAUUCCCUUCCAUAAGGGUUCCCAGGAAGCGCAUAUACGUUCGCUGCCGCCAUGUACCCUCCCUAAAUACUUGUGUAUAUAAUAGAGAAUGUAAGAUUGAACUAGUCAUAAAUGGUGGCACAUAUUUAGUG